UCAAGUUUGUUGAUUCACCUGGGGCCUGGGCUAAUCGAUAAAUAAUAACAUCCCGCCUUUUAGGCGCAUCUUGUCACGUCGCAAAUCACUUAAACUUCAUUAUACCUACCAGGCGUAUACUAUUACCUCUGGAGCUUUUUAGAGACCAAAAACGACGAGACAAACAAACAUUAGCCAGAAGAAAUAAACUCAUGUACCUGAUCAACUCAUUUUUCAUAUCGUAUUGAACUAAAACAUCCCCACCAUGCCACCUCGAGCGCCUGGGAGAUCCACGCGCAACUCUGCUGCUGUAUCCAAAGCUUCCACCGCAGCCCAACCCUCACGCGCUUCUCCAGCAUCACGACGCUCAUCAUCCAAUGCUGAUAUCCCCGAGGAAGCACCUGAAAGUCAAUUACGAACCCAAAUAUGCGCAAUAUUCCGCGAUGCACAGAAGACUACCGCUACUCACCGAAAGUUGGUCGUCAACCUCCGCAAGAUUCACGAGGCAUGCUGCUACGAGCCUACGCGUCCCAACAAGAACACGCCUACCAAUUUCGACGAGUCCGACUUCAACAACGAAUUUUCCCGAUGUGUUUUGAGAAUCAUGCCUGUGAAAAAGAGCGAGAGCGUAGGUGAGAAGACUAUACGCUUUGUCGGUCUGUUUCUGCGCCAUGCCAACGACAAGGACAACGAGCUACUAGGAGAGGAGGAUGUUGAUGCUAGUACCAUGCCCGAGACUCCAAGUACUCGCCUUACCACCCAAGUUUUGGAGGCUAUCUUGCCCUUGCUCACUGCCAAGGACAAAUUUGUUCGAUACCGAGCAACUCAGCUAAUCUCUCACGUUAUCAACUCCUUGGAUGCCAUCGACGAUGAUCUAUUCCAGAAGCUGCGCCACGGUCUCCUUAAGAGGAUACGUGACAAGGAAGCUAUGGUCCGUUCACAAGCUGUGCUUGGCCUUGGCAGAUUGGCGGGAAACGAGGUCGAAGGCAUGGUAAACUCAGAUGACAGUGACGAUGCUGAGACAGGACUCUUAGAUAAGCUUCUGGAAGUGUUGCAAAACGACCCGAGUGCUGAUGUCAGGCGUUCGCUCCUCGUCAACCUGCCUAUAUUACCCAACACUCUUCGCUAUCUCUUGGAAAGAGCUAGAGAUCAAGAUCCUGCCACUCGCCGUGCAGUCUACUCGAGGCUAUUGCCCGCGCUCAGCGACUUCCGCUAUCUCUCCGUCCUCAUGCGAGAAAAACUGCUCCGAUGGGGCCUACGAGAUAGAGACGAGAAUGUUCGAAAGGCCGCUGGGCGACUAUUCCGCGAGCGUUGGAUUGAGGAUUGUGCCCGAGCCAAUCAACCUGAAGACGAAGAGAACCCAAACGGCACAGCCCCCCCUACCUUAAAGGGGCUUCUUGAGCUGCUUGAGCGUAUAGAAGUUGUCAACUCUGGCGUCGAAAACGGUGUCGCGCUAGAAGCCAUGAAGGGGUUCUGGGAAGGAAGGCCAGACUAUCGUGACUUUAUAGAAUUCGAUGACAACUUCUGGAAGGAGCUAAGCGCCGAGUCCGUCUUCAUCGCGCGAAGCUUUAACCACUUCUGCCGGACCGAAGGAAAUGGGAAAUAUGAGUUCCUUACAGAGAAGCUGCCUGAGGUGACCGACUUCGCUUACCUCUUCGAACGUGAACUGAAAAUUCUCAUUGAAGUUACCAAAAGAGUCAACAGUCAGGCAAACGUAGAAGAUGAAACGGAGUUAGAAGAAGAAAGGGAGUUAGAAGAAAAAAAGGAGUUAGAAGAAAAGGAGUUUAUACUCGAGCAGUUGCUUCAUAUCAUCCUAACCCUGGACUAUUCAGACGAGGCUGGCCGGAGAGCGAUGUUUUCUCGGUUGCGGCAAGCGUUGUCCAUACCAGAAUUGCCCGACGAGAUCACCAAGCUUACCAUUGAGGCGCUUCGGGAUAUAUGCGCCCCUGACGCAGCUGGCGAGAAAGAAUUCUGCAGCAUCGUCCUCGAAGCUGUCGCAGACGUUCACGAUACCAUCGUGGAUGAAUCGGCCAUCGGCGACGGCGAGGAAAGCUUCCACUCGGCUCGAUCCGAAGUCAGCGGCGACAGCACACCUACCAAGGGGAAGAAGGGCGCAGAUUCCAAGUUGACCGAAGAGGAAGCUCGAGAGAAGGAAAUCAAGGAGAUAAUGAUCAACCUGAAGUGUCUACACAUCGUUCAAUGCAUGUUAUCCAACGUUGAAGGAUUGCUGCAGGAAAAUGACCACCUGGUGGCGAUGCUGAACAACCUAGUGGUCCCCGCAGUCCGAAGCACAGAUGCUCCUGUGAGAGAGCGGGGAUUGGUGUGUCUAGGACUAUGCGCGCUGCUCGAUCGAGAACUUGCCGAAGAAAACCUGACUCUAUUCAUGCACUUCUUCAGCAAAGGCCACGCGGCUCUCCAAAUAACCGCGCUCCAGAUUCUGACCGACAUUCUCAACGUCCACGGAGCACAGCUCUUGUCAGCAAACCCGGCACUGCUAAAAGUGUAUGUCAAAGCCCUCCGAUCUGGAGCUAAGUACCCAGAGGUGCAAGACACCGCGACUGUGGCGGUCUGCAAGUUGUUGCUCGGCCGCGUGGUCACGGACGAGGAUGUGUCGUCGGAGCUGCUCAAGACGCUGGUCGUGGCGUAUUUCGACCCGUCGACGGCCGGGAACCAGGGCGUCAGACAGGCUCUCAACUAUUUCCUUCCCGUGUUCUGCUACUCAAGGGUGGAAAACCAAGAGCUCAUGGGCUCGAUAGCGCUUGAUGCGUUGCACGCUCUCUACAAUGUCCGGGAGGGCAUCGACGACGACGCUAUGGAUGUUAGCGACGAGAUGGCUAGUCUCAAUACCAUCGGCGCUUGUUUGGUCGACUGGACGGAUCCUCGGAAGUGCUAUACACCGGGUAUCCCCAUGGAUGCGGACAAGAAGAACGUGAACGGCGAUGUUCACCUAGACCUAGCGAGGGCUAUUCUCGAAAAGCUAGAAAGUAACUUUAGCAAAGAAGAAAAGAAAGUCAUCGCCCCUCUCCUCGGCAAACUGUACAUCUCCCCCGCCUCGAGCGAAGACAAGAUCCGCGCCCUCUACGAGGACAUCUCCUCCGCCGUCGAGGACAACCUCAUGUCCGACGCCACCGGCCGCAACGCCCUCUACAAGAUCCACGUCUCCCUCGGCAAGAUCGUCAACCAGCUCGCCGCCGACCAAGACAAGGCGUCGCUGGCAUCUGGCUCCAACAGGCGAAGCGUUAGCGUCGGCGCCGCUAGUGUGGGUGGCGCUAGCAGUCGUAGGAGCAGAAGCGUCUCCCUCGCUCCCGCCGAGGACCCUAUUCCGGCUGCUACGGCGCGGGAGCCGGUGAUUGAGGAGGAGGAGGAAGAGGAAGAAGGGGAUGGGGAAGUGGAAGAGGGAGAGGAAGAGGAGGAAGAGGAAGACGAGAUAGACGAGGCGGAUGUUUCUGCGAGCACGGUUCGUCGGCGCAGCGGUGGGGCGGACUCGCUUGUCGAGGAGCUGUUGUCGGAUGAUGGGGAGACGUGAUGAACAGACAUGACGAAAUGAGAGGAUGAGGGGAUGGAAUGGGUGGGAUGGAAUAGGUGGAUGGAUGGAUGGAUGUUCACAACGGUCUAACCUAGAUGUUUAUAACGACCUAGAUGAUGUUGACGUUUCCAAAUCGACGUAAUGAAUUAGUACAUUACAUAAAUGUGAUGGAUGAUACUUCCUUCUUCCGUUUGAAGUACCCUGCCGUGUGUGUGUGUGUGUGUGUGUGUUUGCAUGUGUACCUACCUACCUACCUUUCUCUAUUGUGUGUAUGCUUGAGAGGGAGAGCCUACCACUACCUAGGUAAGCAUCAUCAUCAUCAUCCACCCACUUCUACUGUACAUACAUCACAUCUCCUUCAGCACCAACUAUCUAGCUAGGUACACAUCGAGGCCUAGUUUGGAGAAUUACUACCU